CAGUCCUCGCGCACGCCUAGACUUGGGAGUUGUAGUACGAGUCCAGUCAGGGUUGGAACCAUGGCGGUGACCAAGGAGCUCUUACAGAUGGACUUGUACGCGUUGCUAGGUAUUGAGGAGAAGGCAGCGGACAAGGAGGUGAAAAAGGCAUAUAGGCAGAAGGCCCUCUCCUGCCACCCCGACAAAAAUCCAGAUAAUCCCAGAGCAGCUGAACUCUUCCACCAGCUUUCUCAGGCCUUGGAGGUACUGACCGAUGCUGCAGCCAGGGCCGCGUAUGAUAAGGUCAGGAAAGCCAAGAAGCAGGCAGCAGAGAGGACCCAGAAACUAGAUGAGCAAAGGAAGAAAGUAAAGCUUGACCUGGAGGCCCGGGAGCGGCAGGCUCAGGCCCAGGGCAGUGAGGAGGAGGAGGAGAGCCGGAGCACCAGGACACUAGAGCAGGAGAUCGAACGCCUGCGAGAGGAGGGUUCCCGGCAGCUGGAGGAACAGCAGAGGCUGAUCCAGGAACAGAUUCGCCAGGAACGGGAGCAGAGGUUGAGAGGAAAGGCAGAAGAUCCUGAAAGCAAAGAAACUCCUAAGCUAAAGCUCAAGUGGAAGUGCAAGGAGGAUGGGUCAGACGGUGGCUACCCCAGAGAUGUCCUCCUGCGGCUUUUUCAGAAGUAUGGAGAGGUGCUCAACCUCGUGCUUUCCAGAAAGAAGGCAGGCACCGCCGUGGUGGAGUUUGCAACCGUGAAGGCUGCGGAGCUGGCUGUGCAGAAUGAAGUGGGUCUGGUCGAUAACCCUCUGAAGAUUUCCUGGUUGGAGGGACGGCCCCAGGGCAGGGACAGCCCCCACCACCCAGGACUGGCACAGGGCUCAGUGGUGUCCGAGAGGGACUACGAAAGCCUCGUCAUGAUGCGCAUGCGCCAAGCAGCUGAGCGGCAGCAGCUGAUUGCCCAAAUGCAGCGGGAGGACAAGGUGGGGCAGCCCACGUAGCUCCAGUCCUGCCACCCCAAACCGUUUUCUUAACCCUCGCCAAUAAACUUUUUUUUUUUAA